CAGCUGAUCCCAUAGUAAGAAAACCUCUCCGCAACUUCCACACCUAAUUUACUCGUGCCUGAUAGUCAAACUCAAAAAAAUUCCCUCCUUUGCUUGUGAGUUAGAUUUGGUGCGACUGUUACCUAUGACGAAGGAUGCGGAUCUCCAGCCGCCGGAGGUGUAUCGGAGGACCGGACGGCCUUUGUAGUCAACGGCGCCAUCGACGGUGCCUAAUAGUAGUGGUGUUUCGAUGGUGGGAGCAAACAAAAAGCGUGAGAUUUAAUUUCUGUGAAAAAAUGUCAGAGAGAGGGGUAAUAUGGUAAAAAAUAUGACAAAUGUUGAAAGGAAAACCGGUCAAUGGGUCAGACCCAGAACAGGUUCGCCGUGCUCUAGUUUUUUUUUUUUUGAAACCACUUAAAUGUCUAGUUGCUCCCCUGCACACGGCCAACCUUGCACAGCGCUGCCACUUCGAACCACUGCAACAGCACGGCGAACAAUCUCCUUCACGCAGGGCUAGCACUGCAGAGCGUUGGCGUUCGCACCACAGCACGGCUGAACCUCCACGCACCACCGCGCGCAGCCCUUUAAAGCCGCUCACAACCACGCUGUUCACUCCACGUCCACGCUAACUGCACCGGCACGCUCAGUGUCCUUCAUUGACGAGUUUGCUCGUUUCGUCUUGAAUUAAAGCCUUUGACCCCACACCAGUUGCCAGUUGGUUUCGAAUUUGAACCCCAAGGUUUUGGGUUAGAUGGCAUCUCCUGGGGAAGAGUGCUCUCCUGAUACCUUUGCAUUUAUGGAACUUGCAAUCCAACAGGCAAAGCUUGCUUUGGACAGCCUUGAAGUACCUGUUGGCUGUGUGAUUGUGGAGGAUGGGAAAGUUAUUGCCUCAGGAAGAAAUCAAACUACUGAGACGCGAAAUGCAACGAGGCAUGCGGAAAUGGAAGCUAUUGAUGUUCUUCUUGAGGGCUGGCAAAGAAAUGGACUUUCAAAGUUAGAAGUUGCUAAAAAAAUUUCAAAGUGCUACCUUUAUGUUACUUGUGAACCAUGCAUAAUGUGUGCAGCUGCUUUAUCAAUUCUUGGUAUAAAGGAAGUAUUUUAUGGCUGUGCAAACGAUAAGUUUGGAGGUUGUGGAUCAAUAUUGUCUUUGAACUUAGGUCGCUCUGAGCCAUGUGAAAGCGGUGCUGUUCCACAAGGCAAAGGUUUCAAAUGUAAUGGAGGAAUAAUGGCAUCAGAAGCAGUCUCUCUUCUGCGAACCUUCUAUGAACAAGGGAACCCAAAUGCUCCAAAGCCUCACAGACCUCUAGCUCACCAGGCAACGCGCUGAAUAUGCACAAAUGCAGGUCGGUUCUUACCAGCUAAUUAUAUUGGAUUGGUGAGCUUGAGUGCACACCCAUAAUUUCUGACAGAAAGUAUUUUGAGUUCUACAUGUGUAUCUUCAAACAUUCUUUGAGGUUUUCUUCCAGGACAUUAUGCUAAGUGCUGUUGUAGAUUGUAGUACCCUUUUAAAUUGAGUAAUAUUAUUAAGUAAAUUGCUAUACAACUGAUUGGGAUAACAUGGUAGUGAAAAUUAGCCCUUAUUAUUAUUUUUUUUUUACAACUGCUGAUCUAAUGGAUAAUCUGAUCCGUUGAUUAUCACUGCAACAUCAUCAAGUUGUAUGCUAGUCGUAUAACAAUUUACUAAAUAUCUUUACUCUUUAGAGUUAUUUUGGACUUCGGCAAUUCUACGAGGUGUUGAUAUUAA